GUUUAGGGUUUAGAGUGCGCCGCGGAAUGCCUCCAAAAACUUAACCAAGAAAGUGUAAAAUAUGGGCUGUCGGCAACACUUGAGCCUGGUGUGUUUGUUUUUGUUUCUGGAUUUCCUUCAGUGUGAUCCGGUGCCGGAGCAGCGAACCUCCUUAACGUCUCGCACUGUCAAAACAAAAUACGGCGACGUCAGCGGAGUCAUAAUAACUCCGGAAUCGAAACAUUUGGAGCCGGUGGAAAUUUUCCGGGGAAUCCCUUACGCGAGUCCCCCUUUGGGCUCCUUGCGGUUUAUGCCACCGGUAACGGGUGCCCUUUGGUCGGGAGUGAAAAUCGCGAACGCUUUCAGUCCGGUGUGUCCCCAAAGACUACCCGACAUCGCCAACGAGACUGCGGCCUUGAAACGGAUGCCGAGAGGACGGUUGGAGUACUUAAAGAGGCUCUUGCCCUAUUUGAAAAACCAAAGCGAGGACUGCCUCUAUCUGAAUAUUUAUGCGCCAGCACAAGCAGGUACGAGAGAGGGCAGCAGUCAACCCAAAUAUCCUGUGAUUGUUUUCAUCCACGGGGAAAGCUAUGAAUGGAAUUCGGGGAACCCCUACGACGGCACCGUAUUGGCGAGUUACGGCAGUGUGGUUGUGGUAACGGUAAACUACAGGCUCGGGAUUUUGGGGUUUCUAAAUGCCAACACAGACCCUUACUCGAAAAGCCCGGCCAAUUACGGCCUAAUGGAUCAGAUAGCUGCGCUACACUGGAUUCAGGAAAAUAUAGCGUUCUUCGGCGGAGAUCCCACCAACGUUACGUUGCUGGGUCAUGGAACGGGCGCAGCCUGCGUCAAUUUCCUAUUAACUUCCAGUGCCGUACCAGAAGGUGUGCUAUUCCAUAGAGCAAUUCUUAUGUCAGGGUCCGCCUUGUCUCCUUGGGCGUUAGUGCAAGAGCCGUCGCGAUAUGCUGCGCAAGUGGCUAUUCACGCAAACUGUUCGCCGGAACUGCCUCAUCCACACCUACUCAAGUGCCUACGAGAGAAGCCGGUAGAGCUGCUACUCUCUACUCCGGUAAUCGCACCGGAGUUUUCCUUUGCCUUCGGGCCCAGCGUAGAUGGGGUCGUUAUCGAUACCGGCGAACCACCAGGGGGCGAGAAUUCACACUACAACGACUACGACAGCGUUAGCGUAAACAGUAAGCCGCCGAAAGUGGAACCUCAAAACGCCAUCAACAUUUUAAACAACGUGCUGUUACGGAAAUCCGUGGUUGCCAAGUUGUCCCGAUACGAUCUGAUGUUGGGUGUCGUCAAAGCCGAAGCUUAUUUUGCAUUCAACGGGGAGGACGUUCAGUACGGGAUCGAAGCGGAUCGGCGAUCGAAAAUCCUACGAACAUUUGUCCGGAACACGUACAGUUAUCAUUUGAGCGAAAUCCUCGCGACGAUUGUUAACGAGUAUACGGAUUGGGAAAGGCCCGUCCAACAUCCGAUCAAUAUAAGGGACGAAACUUUGGAAGCCCUUUCUGACGCACAAUACGUCGCCCCGGUUGUCCACACAGCCGAUCUCCAUUCUGCGGAACAUCGAAACUCUUACCUUUAUGUCUUCGAUUAUCAAACAAAAUUUGGAGACUAUCCGCAGAGACAAGGAUGUAUCCACGGCGAAGAACUACCCUACUUAUUUGGAGCGCCCCUUGUCGGAGGAUUCAUGCAUUUCGGGAGGAAUUACACCAAAUCGGAAGUGAUUCUCUCGGAAAUUACGAUGAUCUACUGGAGUAAUUUCGCGAGGACAGGGAAUCCAAAUGAACAACCUGAAGGGGAUCAUGGAAAUCGCCAAGAAAGAGCCAGAUUUAAAAACGUGGAAUGGACAGCAUACGAGGCUGUUCAUAAAAAAUAUUUGAAUUUAGAUACCAAACCAAAAUUGAAAAGCCACUACAGGGCCCACAGACUUUCGUUUUGGCUCAACCUGGUGCCGGACCUGCACAAACCGGGCGGCGAUGACGUACCCGCAUCACACCACCAGCUCGCCGACGAUGACGAACCACCUCCGAAGUUACCGUCCUUAAAUCCUCGUAAAUUAUCAACUACGGAGUCUCCGACAGAGUACCGUACUAUGUACACAAACAUUUCUUCCGUGGUAGCGACGACUGUUGAUACCGCAGAAAGAGUUGAAGAACUAGGUGGCAUAAGUACGACUCAGCAACCUGUUGAAGAUGGCUUCGCCGCCUACUCUACGGCGUUGAGUGUGACUAUCGCGAUAGGUUGUUCGUUGCUGAUUUUAAACGUGUUAAUUUUCGCGGGUGUUUAUUAUCAACGUGACAAAUCUCGAAUGAACGACAAUGGUGGGCAUCAACGUAAAAGCAGAAAGGAGAAUGGUCAAAUGCCAAACAAUAUAUGCGGCGAUCUCGAAUCGAGCAUAAUUGGGGUAAAAGGUGAUCCGGCGACGAUUUUGGGUCACCAUCACUCGCACCAUCAGCUUCCUCCUCCCGAAUUUGCGGAUUUACCCCAAAAUAACGCCGCCCUUCCUAGACAUCCGCCUCCGCCUCCGAAAGUAAACAAGGCAAACGUGAACACUUUAAGUUCCCAUCAAGUGCAGGAAAAUCAACCGCUAUUGUCGGCGCAUAGUAUACAACUUAUGAACACCGGUACUCUUACGAAAAAGAACACCCAAAUGAACUCCAAACAGAACAUUAAAAUGGAGGAACUGAGGGUGUGACAAGAUGUGUACUUGUGAUUUGCAAUAACAUUUGCUCAAACUGUUUUCUCCUCGAUUCGGGCCGCUGUCUAAAUUAGACAUCAAGACUGCCGUUUGUAAAGUAUUCCGUAAGACUCGACUUAACUCGAUUUAAAUAAUGACGAGUACGAUAGGAAUGUUGCUGGUUUUAGUGUUGAAGGGUUUUUUGUAUGAGAUUUAAUUUUUCGUCUAAAACUACGUACUAGCUUUUAUAUUACAACUAAUCGGAAUACAAAAAACGGGCUUAACAAUAUUUAAAACUAAUACUAAACUUCGAAAACACUUUCCAAUUAUAGUAUUGGAUAAAUUUGUAUCUCCUCCAUUCUGCGUCUAUCGAUUGAUGUCUGUCGUACUUUUUCUUCGAAACAACCGGGUGAUAAAACAUAUACAUGGUUAUAAUUUUCAACUGUUACCAAACAGUCCAACUUUUGUUGAUUUGUAAAUUGUGUUAUAUCUUUUUGGUGGUGGUGUUAUGUCGUUUGUAACUAAGUGAAUUCCAAUUUACUGAUAUAAGUACUCUCGCGUAAUUUUAAAAAUUCGCUGUUUUUCUUUAGUGAUAUUUUUAACGGGAUCUCUAUUCCUUUUUCGGUAUAUUCAUUAAGUACCGCGAUUUUAACUUUUAUGAAGUCGAUUUUCAAAGACUGCGUCAUAUUUUUAUUUACCUCGUUGCCAAUCUCUCGUAAAAUUUGUACAUUAUAUCAUAUAUGUUAUUGAGCCUCAUUGUAAAACACUUUGCGGUUCAUAAUGACAGUGAAUAUAUUCGAAAUAACUUUAGAAAAUCACUUAACCAUUAACCAACCAACCAACAAAACUUUGAUCUAAUCUGCUCAUUAAUAUACCCAAUUCUAUAUAAUUGUAUAGUUAGGAAUCAACUAAAUUAAUUGAAUAGAAACGAUAGUGCUUUGGACAAUAAUACAAAAUAAUAUGAAGAAUAAAUGUGACAUCCUGCAAAAUAUGUCAUCACAUGUCAUUAUAAUUUCUAUUCCAUUUACAGGACGCUCAAUUAACAAAUGAAAAGUUUACUUUACUUAAACGGAUUAACAUACAAGUAUACCACAUUUGAAGGAAUAUAUUAUUCACACACAUCGCGCCUACAUCAUAGAUUGAAAUUGGUCAACAGACCACAACAAAUUUGAGUUUAUAUUGCAGUCCUAAAAGUUCCAAACUUUAAACCUGCUGAAAGGCUCCUUUGAAUCUGCUUAACUUUCGGAAAAGUCCAUUGUGAGAAAUUUAAAGUGAAGUUAAUUCAAAUUAAUGGUAAAAAAAUUAAGCCUAUAAAAAAUUCUCAAAGUCUUAAAGAGAAAAUUAAUGGUUUACGAGUUUUAAAAGUUUCAAAGCUCAUCUUCAACGAAUAAUUUACAGAAAAAACUGAUUCUUCCAUACCGUGAAUAUAAAUAAGAAAAGUCUAAGCGCUGCUUACUUCUCUCCUUUCUAUUUAAUUAAAUCACCAGACGAAAUAGUUGGAGUUUAUUAAUUCCCUUACUUUUGAAAACUGUAUAGGUUUAUUUACUGCUAACUAUUUCAAAGUAUGCAUAACAGUUAUUUUGGGAUUUUCAUUCAUUUCGCUGAGAUCACCGUAAGUAAUAACCAAAACGCAUUUUCCUUUGAUAAGUCAAUUAUCAUUAAUGAAAUUGCCUUUACAAGUUAAUUUUCACGUAAAAUAAAAAGUUAAAACCACUGGACAAACAUCUGCCAAGAAACGCAUUUCUGCUAAAAAUCUUCCAAUAGGCAGAGGUGGAACUGCAAAUACUGUCAAAGACUCAAAAUCUUUUUUUUUUUGAAAAAUUGUAAAAAAUAUUCCUGGUCGUAUAAAAUUAUACAAUGUUUUGAAAGUUUUCCGCAGUGGAUUUGAUUUGUUUCUUUUUUUAUCUUUAAAAUAUUCCUUAUCUUUUUCCUUUUUUUGAUGUGCUUGUUCUGAAUUUUUCAAAAGGUAGAUUAAUUGUUAUUAUUGGUUUUGUGAAACACACUUAUCAUAAAAGGUUUAAUACCACUAAAUAUAUUCCUCACAGGCCUCGCCCACCCGUUGAACAAAGAGUUACACACAUAAACCGAGUUUAUAGUAACGGAAUUAGUUGUGCCGCUUCAAUAAACAAAGUUUUCGAUUACUUAUCUUUUUACUACAAAAAGGUUUGUCUCUAUUUCGUUUAAUGCGUGGGAUUCCAAUAAAAUGCGGUUGAGCCAGUAAAACAUUUUUGUUCCUGGGGCUAUUUGUAUACAGAUAGCGAAGUUGGGAAUUGGCGACCAUAAAACUCUUUUAUGUUGUGUGUUGUGAACUACGGAAAAAUGCUAUUCAUAUUUGGACGGAUUCGGAUACGAACUGUUAACGACACGAUCGAUAGUACUUGAUGUUAGACAAUUCAUAAAAGCGCUAGUAUGUUAAAAGGUCUAAUAUUUGGCAGACUAAAAACUAGGCACGAAAUCAGCAACAUUCUAAAAUGGACUUUCUUUAACCUACGCGUCACGGUUAAUAACCUAAAUGUUUAUAAAAAUAAAACUGUGAAUAAUAAGUUAAGCACCAACGAGUUGUGAUGUCGGUUUUUCACAGACCAAUAUUUUGUUUUUAUAAUACACAGCGAUGAUUAAAUCAAUUAGGGUCAAAAGUUAAAUUUGGUUCCUCAAGAAAAAACUAUUCGAAUAAGAGAGCCUCCAUUUUGAACACUGUUCAGUUUCUUUAUGUUAAAUUAUAUAUGGUAUUCAUUUUAGUAACUACCUGCUGUAAUGGCGGUGUAUUGGUCCUAGAGCUAGACUAUAAUAACGAUGGGAAUAAUUCUGGAAAUUAUUUUUAAGCUCAACAUAUUACGGCAAGGGGUGCAAAUGAUAGCGUGAACUAUAAAAUUAAAGAUCUUUCCGAACAUUUUUAAAUUAAACUAUAACAUUAACAUAAAUAGAAACUCUAAACAAUUCGCACAAGUUUUGUUUGAAGCUGAAGCUGAAGCUAAUUAUUUCAAUUUCGAUUUCAAUAAACUCCGACAUGAAGGAGAAAUAAAAGUGUUUUUAUAUAAUCAUAUCGUAGUUUAACAUUCUAGAUCAAUAUUGUUUUCUGAUUAGGACAUCAAAAUUAUACCGUAAAAAUCGUAACAAAACCACAAAACUGUUACUUGCCCUUACAGUUGCGAUUCUUUUAUAAGCCCGAGUUUCAUUUUUAAAUUGGAUAGGUCGUUUAGAAAGAUAGAAGUAGAAGAAGGAAUAGUUGGAAAUUAGUACCCCAACGAGGCUCAGACAAAACUUCUACGGUAUUGUUUGGGUUUUCAAUUAAUUUUAUUAAAGUUAUAGGUUAAUUUAAGUGUUUUCGAGGAAAUUUAGAGCUUAAAUAUAAUUUCUACCAUAUUUUAGUCUUCAUUUUUUCCCCUGUAGCUUUCGAAAUAAUAUCGGUACGAAAAUGAUUGAAAUCGUCGAUUUCCCUUACCUACAAAUGCUAUUUGAAGCCCAUCUAACGGAUCACUCCAAAUUCAUUUUGUUUUCGUUGCUACCUCCUAGUAUGUAAUUUCCAGAACAGUUUGCAAGGAAGAACUAUCGUAGCCUAUCAACCCGUGAAUGAACUAUCAGUUAUUAUGUUAAAUCCCAGAUUGGGUGUACAUAUGAAGUCAUGGUUGGUGGUGAAGUUGAAUAAAUUAACUAAAACUUAAAAAAAGAUGUCGCGAUUUAAAGAUCAAUAAUUUUUAACCCGAUUAAUAAGAAUUUACUACACUUUUUAUGCUAAUAACUAAUUUUCAAAGGGAGCAUGACAAUCCACAUAAUGUUUUGUUUGAACAGAUUUUAGAGUCGGGUAAAGUCGGAUAGAACCUUAUUUUUAUUUUAUACAUUUUGUGUGUAUUAUUUACAUAACGAAGCUCAUUCAAGUCCACUUACUUCACAAAAAGUCCACUUAAUUAAUUUAAAAAAAGUAAAGAAAUUCAUCAAGCGAAGUCCACAAAACAAUUAAAUGUUGUAUCAGAAAAAUUUAUUAACGUUUAUUAUUUACAAAAGGUCCGUUCAAAUAAACUUGUCCAAGGAUUUUUUUUUACCUCUCUAAAAUAUUUAAGACAUUGGACCACAAUGGAAAACAGUUGUAUUAAGAGUAACAUUUGUUAAUUUGAUAUAGUGGUUCAAACUACUCAUUUUUAUUCAAUCAAUUUAACAGCUGCCUAAACACCAUCAACUGCCGGUAGAACAAAUUGUAUUAUUUGUCAGAUGCAUUUAUUUUUAUCUGCAAAAAAUUCAAUAAUCAAUGCAAAUAAUUGGGAGGCAAUUAAAUAUUACUUAUUAAAACCAGAAAAAGGUCCAACUAACCACAAUUUAAAUUUAAGUAAAAUUAAAAUAAGAUGAUUUGAAUCAUUUGUAACAAAGGUUUUAAUAGACUAACUAUAUUCCAUUGUUACCAUAAACAAUAAUUUACAAAUCGAUUUAAUAUCUUGUAUUUUCUGGCAUGAAGGCAACUAAUGAACUCAAGUAUGUCUCCAAAACUAACGAAGGUAUGAGAUAUUUUUGUUUGCGUUUUUGUCUUCAAUUUUCUAAAUGGCCGAAAACAAAAUACCCUAGUUUCUAUCUUCUCAAUCUAGUUUACAAAUAGGCGUUUCCUGUUAAUUACGACUACCUUGUGGGUUUUUUAUUACGGGAUAACAUCUUACCUAAGAACUUAACAAAAAAACUUAUGGUUUGGAUUCACUUAUACUUGGAUUCAAGUAUUAUAUUAUAAUAUAUACCUGGUGUUCGUAUUUUCGCGAAUAAGUAACAACUUUAUUAUUUUAAAUCGAACCUUACCUUAACCCUUAACCUUAAUUUCUGAAAAACGUAGAAAAAAUUACAGCAAAACAUAGAAAAAGAAAACAAACGAGCAAGAUUCUAACGGUCAAAUUUUUCUGUUAUUCGUUUAACACUGUUUCUUGUCAUUUCUUAUCUAUCAGGAUAGUUUUGAACAAAUGUCAAAAUGUUUUUGAUAAAAUUUGCUUCAAUUUUAGAAAUAAAUGUAAAUAACUUAUGUGCUAAUAAAUUAAUUAUCGGAUAUGAUUUAUAAAGAAUAUAAUUUGUAACCAUCUUCUUAGUCAAUUAAAAUACGUAUGGCAUUUUCACAAUUGUAAAAUAUUUUAUUGGUGAUAUUUCGAAAUCUACAUUUUGAAAAAAGCAACCUUAUACAAAACGGUCCUUUCCAAAUGCUGAAUACAAUUAAAUUAUAAUUUUUUUAUUGAUACAGACUACUAUAGCAAGGGCUAUCAAUCGGAGAAAUGUGAAACAUGAAAACAUCACUGUACAUAAAAUUCAAAAUAUACCAGAAACAGGCAGACAUGAAUGUGUCUAUAGUUUUCUGAGGAUUCAAAAAUAACCUUGAUAUAAAAUAAAAAAUAACAAAUAUUUAAAACCAUUCUGUACGUAUAACAAUAUAAUAAUAUGUAUUUUAAACGUGUAAGUGAAUCCAAACAACCUUUUAAGAUUUGGUCACAGGUUCUGAGUCCGUUAUCCAUCAAAUGAAAAAAUAUCCAAUUUUGUUCUAAUCUUUGGCAGUGCUCCAAAAAAGAGCAACAAACCUCUAGUAGUCACAAGCCUGAAAUAUCAAAAUAUCAAAUGACUGUUUCGAAAAUCAAUAAAAUUUAAAAAAAAACAUAUUUUAAAUUUCUAACUAAAUAUUUGAGUAGAUUUAUUAACUUUAUCUUAAGGAAAUCAUCUAAAUUCUAACCAAAAUUUAUAUCUACUUGUCAUACUACAGAGUAUGCAAAUAGUGUACCAAAGUAACAUAUUUAUUAUUUAUUUUAGAAAAAAAUAUUAAAUACGAAAGUUAUAGAUAAGACUAAAAGAAACAAUUUAAAAUUAUUUUCAAAUAUACAAAACAUUUGUAAAUAUUGUGGGAAACCAAAAAAAAAAUUGUUAAUGGAACACCCUAUAUAUUAAUAGCAUUAUAGGGUUACUGUGGCCUAUACCGAGUAUUUUCGGAUUUAUGGCCAUUUUUUCGUCAAAAACACUCUAUAUUUUUGGCGCCAUUUCCGACAGCUCUAAUUUUAUUAUACCAACAAUAUAAAGUAGUACAGUCAUUUAUCCUAUACUUGUCUUCAAAAUAGUUCGAAUCAUUUAUACAGAGUGGGUCAAAAUGAAAAAUAUUAAUUUUCGUGAAAAAAUCAAAUGGAACGCCGAAUCGAACACACCGUAUAUUAUACCAAAACGUAGUAUUUUUGAAGUAUACACAUUUUUAAGAACAUACUACUGAAAUUUUUCAAACCGUGCGAAAAUUUCACAAAUGAUUGAGAACAAAAUAAAUAUUGCCUGUACAUGAAAAGUUGACAGAGACGAAUUCAGUAUAAGUAAUAAUCCAAAAUUUAAACCAAAAUAUAAUUAUAAUUAUGAAAAAACAAUUUAAACGGUAUUUUACGCUAGGGAUGAUAUUAAAAAUGCAAUACUAAUUUUGCUUAGAGCUUCAGAAAAAACUUUCAAAAACUAAGAACAAAACUGCAAAACCAAAAAAAAACUGUCAUUUUACUUCACUUUCCUUAUUUAUUUGUCCAACCGACUUCGAUGUAUGCUCUGGCAGUAUUCACUAGCAUUUCAUGACUAACACUUUGAAAGGUUUAUUAUUAUUCUCUUUUUCAUGUCAUCUUUUGUUGUGGGGGUAGUUUCAUACACCUGAUUUUUAACAUAAAAUAGUCCAUCUUUGUUAGAUGGGGAGAUCUAGUAUUGGUUUAACUCCUUCUUCCUAUCCACGUUGAGGAAAUAAGUUAUCAAUGAGUUCGUAACUUGAUGGAAAUGGCUCUUAACAUAUUUUGCAAACUCUGAUUUAAGGAGUCUAAGUAAACUUGCCCAUUCACUGUAUAUUCAAAAAAAUGGGGCCCUACAAUGUUAUUUCCUAUUAUACCACCUAUUAUACCACCUGACUGUGUGUCAUCAUCAUGGGCUCUAUUGUCUAUGGUCUUACUUAUUUAUAGUUUAAUAAUAUUCUGGGCUUUAAGAAUUUUUAAAUUAAUGGAAAGAAAGGAAAUAUUUUGUUUCCUAAAAUUAAAAAUUAUUGCCAUAUUUAUUAUUACAGUAAAGACCAUUAAAACCCUAUAUUGGGUGAUUUAGUAUAUGCGUAAUAUGCAGCGCCUUAAAAAAUAUAAGUUUGGUUUCCCAAAUAUUUAGGAAUAAUUUUAAUUUUUUUUUUGGUCUCAUCUAUAAAUUAUGUAUUUAACACUUUUCUUUAAAAUAAAUAAUAAACGAGAUAAAUUACUUUGACACACUAUUCGCACACCCUAUAUUCAUGUGCAAAUGACACCCACAACGGAUAUUGUUUGAUAAUUGGUCAAAAUCAGCUCUUGAUCCAUAAACAUAAAUAAGAAAGUCAUUCGAACCAGCGCCACAAUUUUGUCUUUAGUUAAUACUCAAUGCCAAAAAUAUUUUUCUUCCAAUCCUUUCCAAUUCCCGUAAUCUGUUAUUAUCAAAAAUUAUCAGUCGUUGACGUGUGUACCCGAAUAUUUUGCGGAUGGUUAAAUAAAUUAACAUCAAUUUAUCAAUUGGGAAAUCGUAAUGCUAACUUUUCCGCGCGAUAUUAACGUAAAAAAUAUCCAAAACUAACAUUUUCAUUCAGUUUUCGUUAGUUAAAAUGAAUAUAUCGAAUAUAAUAUUUAUAUAAAUAUAGUGCUUGAAAUAUCAUUUUUUAUUUGGUGGCGCAUUUCCGCCUUUUAAACAAAACGGUUUUGUUUACGCAUUGCAAAUUACAUUUUGGGUAUCCGCUAUUAUUUCUCUCCGAUAUUUUUAUAUUGUUAUUCAUUUAAUAUCAAAACUGCGUUGCGGAUUUAUUGCCAAUUUACUAAUACAAUUACUAUUGUUCUGUAUAAUUUUGAGUCGUUUUUGUAGUGUAUAAGUUUAGGUUUUACUGUGGAAUUUGUUUACACUAAUUAAAUCCUAAUUUGUAGGCGAAAACAAUUUUAACAGGUAAAAUAUGUAUCAAAUUCUGGUGGUUUAAUAAGUCCAACAAUAAUGAUUGGUCAAAUUAUUUAUAAUUCAGUGAAUAACUUAAAUGUGUUCGAAAUGGGGAUUAGAGUUAUGUACAUACUGUAUACAACACGAAUGUAAUACUGAAAACUCAGUUUUAUGCCACAAAAACUUCAUACGAUCGUUAUAACGGAUGAUAAUAGUAAAUCGGAUAACUAGUGUCACUUUUCGCGCAUAAGUACGUCAGAUUAACGACGAAUUUUAACCCUUUCGAAGGGUAAUAAUAUAGUUUUUAUGUUUAUAGGGUUUUUAUAGCAAUUAUUCCCUCUCAGAAUGACAUAAUUAAACUUCAAUUUUGGAAUAUGAAUUAAAUUCGAUGUUUUUCUCCAGAAAAUUUGCUGGCUGUGUAUCGAAAAGAGUUACAGUCUGUCCCAUUUUGAUUGUCGUUUUCGAGCUACAGAAAUGUAUUGAAAAUAAUGCAUUUUCAGAUGGUCCUUGUAUCGCAGUUAGCAGGAAACUUAUCAAAAAAGUAAAAAUGCUAUUAUAACGUUUAAAAUAUAAUAUGGUUGUCUGUUUUACCCAAACUAAUAUUUCUAAAAUAUUGUUCGUUUGUUUUUUUUUUACUGUGAUUAAUUAAAAAUUCGUAAUAUUAUGACUUUACAUUCCUUAGCUCACAAUGUUCAGAGUUAACACAGUUUGUGUUAAACGUUUAAUAAUAAAGGGCUAAGAGGGAUUGACGAUUUUGUUCGCUGCGUUUAUUGUUUUACAAAAAUUUAGUUUCGGCUGUUGAAAACUGUAACAUUCUGUUUUCAAUAAGAACUGAGAUACCCCGUAAUUCUAACCAAAAAGAAUGACACUGUAGAUGUGGUUAAUGAAAUGGUUAAAAAAAAGCGAAUCGCUAUAUCAAUCGGAAAUGCAAGUGUUAAGAGGACUAAAAAUUUAAAUGAUAUAUCACUCUUAGUUCGAUUCCUUGUACGAGGUUCUCCAUGCCUUAUGCAAUUCAAGAUAUCACCCUUCAUUUUGUAUGUGUCGAAAAUCAUUCUGUUGCUCUCUUAUACCUUAUACUGCUUAAAAACAUUUAUUAUGGGUUUAUAAAAAGAAAUUGACUACGAACAAUUACGAGUUAACUGAAAAGAAUCUAUAGCUUUAAAAUAUUGGAUUAACAAUUUAAAAAUGCUGGUGCGCAUGCGAUUUUAUUAGCAAAAUAUUGCCGAUUCAGUGAAAACUCAAUGCUAAAAAUUAUUUGUUUAUGAACGCAACAUCCAGAAAGGAUCCCGGAAAGUAAUAUGUAGGUGUAUGGAAAAGUUAUUAGGAAAAGGAAUUUAUUAGUCGAUUAUUUGUUACCUCUUAGUUAAUUAUAUAUUUUUCGCGUAAUUUCAAGGUUCAAAGAAAUUUUUCAAGAAACGAAAUUUUGCUUGAAAAUAUUCGAUGAAUAUAAUCAACUCAGUUUAGGCCCUACAGAACAUGAACGGGUGAAGAACAAUCGGUACUAACUCCAAAAUAUCCGAACAGGAAAGCAUCCGCCAGGAUUCGUGCUCAGACCAGUCAAACCAGAAUUUGUUUUUAAUAGAAAAUAUCAAACGUUUCCGCUGAAAUUCGCCAGCUCUCGGCUAAAAUUUACCGCUUUCGUUAUCCAUUUAUUGGAACCGACGUCGCCAUGACUGUAAUUUGAUUGGAAAAUAACGACAUUAAAAGCAAAAGGACCCUCGUUCUACACUGUUCGAAUUUAUUAGACGUGGCUUUAAUUAAGCUUAUGUUCUGUGUCAAUGAAUGCCGGAUUUUGGAAACUUCGAACCCGAUCAAUUCGGUUAAAGUUAGUAGGCGCAGGCAAUUUUCGUUUCAAUUAUGUGGUUGGCAGUAACUUUGAGAUAAAUUUGUUGUACAUGAAAUCUAAGAUCCGUAUCGAAAAAUCCUGUAUUCCAAAUUUCGCAAUUGUUACGUAAAACAUUAUUGUUAUUGGGGGAGAAACGUAUCCUUGCUUCACCACCAUCUAACGGGUUGAUUUGUUGGGGGUGUGGACUGUAUUCUUACGGGGCUGGUUUAUUUUAAAUGAUAGCCGUUUAACACAACACAAACUAUAUUCUGUCACAACGCGACGACGGUACAAGAUAAGGCAUUUAACAAUCGGUUUAUUUGAGUUAAUCACAAACACAAUUUGCGUUAAAAUAGAGAUUAAACUUCCUCGAAAGAAACCGUUUGAGGGGCUAGUCCAAAGAGGACACCGACUUAUAAGGGAAUAUUAAGAGUGAAAGGGGCUUAAAGGGGGGUUUAGCGAUUGGGCGAUUUUCACUUUUCUAUCGUCAAGGGCGGUCGCGGUCGACUGACUAACUGCGCGCAACGCAUGUCUGGAAAACAGGCGCCGUCGGGGCGGCCAGUCACGUCUAUGCAGCGUGAUCAAGGGAGGCGAUAGACGUUGUCACGUCUAACGCAAUAUCCGCGUUUCAGGGUUCGCGAGGGCAUUGGGUUGUUUUAUCAACAGUUAUAAACGAUAUACUGUUAUCAUCCAGCACCACACAUUUUGUAUCAUUAAAUUAACGUAAUGUGUUCU